AUGGCGGGCACGGGCGCAGGGUACGAUCUUUCAGUCUCUACUUUCUCUCCCGAUGGACGCGUGUUCCAGGUCGAGUAUGCGGGAAAGGCCGUCGACAACAGCGGGCUCUGCAUGGCCGUCGUGUGCCUGGAUGGAAUUCUCUUCGCCGUUGAGAAGCCCAAGCCUUCGCCUCUGCUUCUCCCCAGCUCCCUCCGAAGGAUCGCGGCCGUUACAAAAAACAUUGGCAUCGCAGUCGCGGGGUUGGUUGCAGACGGCCGCCAGAUCGUGACGCGGGCGCGUCAGGAGGCCGAGGAGUACAAGAAGACGUUCGGAGUCGAAAUCAGCGGCGGCGUCUUGGCUGAGAGGAUAGGCCUCUUCAUGCAUGCCUACUCGCUCUACUGGAGCGUGCGCCCGUUCGGCGCCUCCGUGCUGAUUGGCGCCAUUCAGGAGGAAGUUGGCGAGCCCGGAGCUCCCCUCGAGAUCAAAGGCGAGUUGUACUGCGUGGACACGAGUGGCUGCUGCAGCAAGUACCGCGCGACCGCCCUAGGCAAAGGCAGGCCUUCGGCGAAGACUGAGCUGGAGAAGCUGAAGCUGGAGACGUUGACGACGAAGGAGGCCCUCGAGGCGCUCACCAAGAUCUUCCUCGUCGUGGAUGAUGACGGCAGAAAGGAGGGAAAAGUCGAGAUCGAGGUCGGCGUCAUCGGCAAAGACACCUGCGGCAUGUUCAAGAUGCUGCCCUCCGAGGAAGUUCGCCAGUCUGUCAAGCGCGCCAGGGAGGCGCUCGAUGAGAUGGACGAGGACUAA